GCCCGCCAGACCCCGCCGCCAUCCUCUGCGUUGCCCGCCGCCCCACGUGACCGCGCCGCCUCCCAGUUCCACCGCUGAGCCCGCUCGCCAUGGUCCUCUUCGGGGCCCUCUUCCUAGCGCUGCUGAUAGGCGCUUACGCGGAGCUCCCGGGCUGCAAGAUCCGCAUCACCUCCAAGGCUCUGGAGCUGGUGAAGCAGGAGGGGCUGCUCUUUCUGGAGCAAGAGCUGGAGACCAUCACCAUUCCGGACCUGCGGGGCAGAGAGGGCCAGUUCUACUACAACAUCUCUGAGGUGAAGGUCACGGAGCUGCAGCUGACGUCCUCUGAGCUCCAUUUUCUGCCGCAGCAGGAGCUGAUGCUACAAAUCACCAAUGCUUCCUUGGGGCUGCGCUUCCGGAGACAGCUUCUCUACUGGAUCUUCUAUGAUGGGGGUUAUAUCAACGCCUCGGCCGAGGGUGUGUCCAUCCGCACCGCUCUGCAGCUCUCCCGGGAUCCCAAUGGGCGGAUGAAAGUGUCCAAUGUCUCCUGCCAGGCCUCUGUCACCAGAAUGCAUGCAGCCUUUGGGGGCACCUUCAGGAAGGUGUAUGACUUUCUUUCCACGUUCAUCACAUCAGGGAUGCGCUUCCUCCUCAAUCAACAGAUCUGCCCUGUGCUGUACCAUGCAGGGACUGUCCUGCUCAACUCCCUCCUGGACACUGUGCCUGUACGCAGUUCUGUGGAUGAGCUUGUUGGCAUCGACUACUCCCUGCUGAAGGAUCCUGUGGCUUCCACCAGCAAUCUGGACAUGGACUUCAGGGGGUCCUUCUUCCCCCUGGCCGAGGGGAACUGGAGCCUCCCCAACCGGGCUGUGGAGCCCCAGCUGCAGGAGGAGGAACGGAUGGUGUACGUGGCCUUCUCUGAGUUCUUCUUUGACUCUGCUAUGGAAAGCUACUUCCGGGCGGGGGCCCUGCAGCUGUCACUGGUGGGGGACAAGGUUCCCCACGAUCUGGACAUGCUGCUGAGGGCCACCUACUUUGGGAGCAUAGUUCUACUGAGCCCAGCAGUGAUUGACUCUCCACUGAAGCUGGAGCUGCAGGCCACAGCCCCUCCACGCUGCACCAUCAAGCCCUCGGGCACCACCAUCUCCGUCACUGCCAGUGUCACUAUCGCCCUGGUUCCGCCCAACCAGCCCGAAGUCCAGCUGUCCAGCAUGAUCAUGGAUGCCCGACUCAGCGCCAAGAUGGCUCUCCGGGGGAAGGCUCUGCGCACGCAGCUGGACCUGCGCAGGUUCCGAAUCUACUCAAACCAGUCUGCACUGGAAUCUCUGGCACUGAUCCCGCUGCAGGCCCCUCUGAAGACCAUGCUACAGAUUGGGGUGAUGCCCAUGCUCAAUGAGCGGACCUGGCGUGGUGUGCAGAUCCCGCUACCUGAGGGUAUCAACUUUGUUCGCGAGGUGGUGACGAACCAUGCGGGCUUCCUCACCAUCGGGGCUGACCUCCACUUUGCCAAAGGGCUGCGAGAAGUGAUUGAGAAGAAUCGGCCUGCCAACGCCAGGGACCCUUUGGCAUCUAGUGCCCCCCCGUCCUCCACGGCAGCUGUCUGAACCCUCAGUCCCUACCCUGGCAGCUGCCAUUCAGGAUUCCAACCCCUCUCAACUCCUUCCUCUCCCCCAUCGCAGUCCAUACUAUCCCUGCUAACCCACAGUGCCACAGAGAAGACAGCGUUUGAAGCUGUACUCAAUUUAAUUCCAUUAUCAGUCAAUCCAUCAAUUAGUCCGUCCACUCCCCCCCACCCUGGGGGGCUGUCCUGAGCUGCUCUGUUGGGUUCCUGGGAGAGGAUCAGUGCACCAAGGCAUUCUUUAAGCAAGGAGGGGCCAGGGACUGCUGUGGGAAUAAAGUGCUAACUUGCCCCUAGACUGUCUGUGAGGCACU